AUGUAAGGGUUAUAGCAGUAAAAAGUUCAUAUGGAAGAAGAAAUUGAUAAAUUAUGUUGUUUUAAUAAGCACUAAAACACAAAGAUUGAAUAUAUUAUAAAAGAUAAUUAAAAGAGAGGGUCUGAGAGAUUACUAUGUUCAAAAUGCAUAGAAUUCUUUAAUAAUCCUCCUAAUUUGGUUUAUAUAACUAAAGCCUAAGAGAGAAUUCAACUAGUAAAGUAAUUAUGCUAUAAUCAAACAGAAAAAGUUGCGGAACAAUUUAUAUAAGAUAUUGAAAAUUUUAUUGAGAAAUUACGUACUUUUACUAGUGACUUACAUUAGCAGAUUUAAAAACUAACUAACUCAUGCACCUUAUGGAUAGAUUAUUUAAAUUAUUAUAAGAAAUUAAAGCUAAAGUAUAAAUUUUUAGAUGAAAUUGAUAAUUUAGAAAUAGAUGAAGAAGAAUUGAUAUAAUAAAGUUUAGCAUUUGAUAUUUAUGAAAUAAACUCAAUAAAUGAGAAUAGUAUUGGAAAGAUAUCUUCAGGUAUUCAGAAUGUAUAAUAGACAAUAAAGGAAUUUUCUAAUUUCUAAGGUAUGGCAUAUAAAAUUAUAAAAAAUGCUAAUAAUUAUGAACAUUUUUAAUAUAAAAAAAUGAAAAGUAUUACUUUUUAAGUAAGUUUUGAAAAAAAAGAAGAUUAACUAUGUAAUGCCUUGGCUUUUAAUAGUGAUGAAUCAUUAUUAGCUACAGCAGCUGAUAAGAAUAUCAAACUUUGGAAAUUUUAUGGAGGAGAAUUAUUAGAAACUAAUACCAACUUGUAAGGACAUAUGGAAUAAGUAGUUUGUUUAACUUUUUCUCAAUAAGAAAAUUUACUUAUAUCUGGAAGUAAGGAUGAGACUAUAAAAUUGUGGAAAGAAAUUAGUUAAAAUAAAUGGUAGCCAGUAUAAAAUAUUAAAAUAGAUGCAAGUUAUUCUUUAUGUUUAGUUUUGAAUCAAAAUGAAAAUUAAUUUAUUGCAGGUUGUUUUGAUGGAUCAAUUAAAAUAAUUUCAUUUAAUAUUGAUUAAUAUACUACCCUAGAAAAUUAUAGAUUGGAUAAACAUACAAAACCAGUAUAUAGCAUAAGUUUAAAUUCUAAAGGCAAUCAAUUUAUUUCAUCUAGUAGUGAUAAAUAAAUUAUUAUUUGGGAGAAAAAUAAUUCUUAACUUUGGGAAUUUAAAUAUGUUGUUAAUAAAUCAAUAAACGAUGUUUGUUAUAGAAUUAGUUAUUUUGGAGAUGAAACAAUUUUGUUUUAAUAAAAGAAGAAUGGUUAAACACAUUUUCUUAAAAUGCAAGACUCUAAGUUUGUUGAAAGAAGUGAUUUGAGAUUGGUCUUAAAUAAUUAAGAUCCAGAGGUUGAAUGCUUUUUCCCUAUAAUUUAUAAUUAAAAGAAUUAGGUUUUAGUGUUAAAACACAGUCAAUAUGUUUAUAUUAUUAAAGAAAAUAAACUUCAAUAUUAAGUUGCUUGUUCACCAAUAGAUUGUUCGCAUCCAUGGAAUUAUGGUACUAUGACAAAAGAUGGAAGAUUCCUCAUAAUUUGGGAAUAUGCAACCAAGAAUUUUAAAGUCUAUCUAUUAGAUUAUUGAGC